AUGUAUGUUACGAAAAUUGCACUUUUCUUGUGCGUACUGAGCGCCAUUUUGACUAAAGUGCCUUUAACACCUGAGUAUAUUUUUCCUCUAAUCAGUAUCUACGAAAACUUAAACCUUAUAACCGUACUACGCUUUCAGUUGGCUGUAACUUCCACUACAGAAGCCAUAACUUCGGUUGCUCGCAUUCAAAAAUUUCUUCUUUCAGGACACAAAAAAGCUCCUUUAAAACAUCCAUCAAAAAGCACUGACACUUGCAGUCCAAAGUCAUACCAAAGUUCUGAACCAACUGUUUUUGGAAUUCAUCUUAACAACGUCGACGUGACUUUCGAUACCUCCACCGUGUUGAAAAAUGUCACCUUUUCAGCUCUUCCUGGAGAUUUAGUUGGAUUAUCAGGAAAAUCAGGAAGCGGGAAGUCAAUAGUCUUGCAAGUCAUCCUCGAGGAAAUUAAAGCAAAAGGCUCGAUUGCCGUCGGCGGAAAAAUUUCGUACGCGUCCCAAGAAGCUUGGAUUUUUUCCGCAAGCAUUAAACAAAACAUUCUUUUCGGGGAAGAAGAAGACGAGAAGAAAUAUCUCAGAGUGAUUCGAGCGUGUGCUUUGGAACGCGAUUUGUCUCUUUUCGCUAACGGUGACCAAACUCUCGUCGGUGAACGAGGGGUGAUGUUGAGCGGAGGCCAAAAAUCGAGGAUAAAUUUAGCCAGAGCUGUGUAUCGAGAUGCUGAUAUUUAUUUAUUAGACGAUCCCCUAGCUGCUGUUGAUGCCAGUGUGGCGCAACACAUCUUCAAUGAGUGUAUUUUGGGGUACUUGAAAGACAAGUGCGUAGUUCUGGUGACCCAUCACUUGAAGUACUUGAGGAACGUCAAAAAACGAUAUAUUAUAAAUAAAGGAAAAGUGGUCGAGGAAGCUUCGAGUGAAAAUGAUUUCAUGGAGUCUGAUGAAGCAAUCCAAGAAGACUUCAUCAAAUCUCACAAUUUACCUCCCGAAAUUCAUGAAAGUGCCACAACCAAAUAUAGCACACAACAAAUUUACAAAAAGUAUUGGUGUUCUGGAAACCACUGGAUCCUACCAUGUUUGAUAUUCGCUCUACUUUUAUUAACUCAUUCCUUAAAUAGCUUCAUCGAUAUGUUUAUUGUUUUUCCAAUCAUUUCAAACAAAACAAAGUCUUUCUAUUUCUUCAGCUUGACGUUAGAACACUUCUUAUAUGUUUACGCUUCUCUGAUUGUCCUUCUCUUCUUUCUUAAUCACACUUUGUCUAUGAUAUUUAUGAAACAUUGCAUGUCUAUUUCAAAAACUUUACACAAUACGUUGUUAGACAAAAUUUUGGCCGUUCCGAUAAAAUUCUUCAACGAGCAUCCUUCCGAUCAGCCUUCGACGCACUUGGAAUAG